AUGAACCAGUCACGGGCGGCAAGGCGGAGAAUUACCCGGGUUCAUUGCAGUCGUCGUCAAUGGCCACGCCACGCUACACAUGUGCUUGUCCUUGUGCUUGUUGCGUCAGACGCAGUCAGGAACGGAACGGACACACGGUCCAAAGAUCAGCCCAGCUCACACAAAAGCCUUGAGAUUGGACGGCUCCCGGUCUUGAAGAUUCGAGGAGCAGAUGUCCAAGAGCCGCUAGCCGAGGUCAACAGACCCACUUGUCCGGCGACGGAGACUCGAUCUCAUCUGUUUCAAUGUGUAUAUAGAGCUGUGGUGUUUUCAUCUAGUUCGCGACACAUACAAAUUUUGUAUUCUAAUUUCCUUCCAACUUGCCACGACUCUCUCACCCUAGCCUCAAUUAGUGGUAUCCGCGGACUCAGAUCAACAAAUCCGCAAAGAACCGAGCUGGAGAGGCUCAUCAACCCAUACCACACCGCCGUCCAAACUUCUCACCUUUGA